CUCUCUUCCCCUCGCCCGGCAACGUCAGCGUCGGCAUCGGCAACAGCAACGCUGGGAUCCCCGGAGCACCCCGGCUCCCCGGCUGCCGUGGCGAUGAAGAUGGUGAACAGCAGCAGCAGGAGCAGCGACAAGAACGGAUUCUCCUUCAAGAAGUGCUCAGCGUUCCAGUUCGUCAAGAGGAAGGUACGCCGGUGGAUAUGGAACCCCAAAGUGAACAUGGAGAAGGGGCAGGGCAAAGCCUUCCUGUACCCCAGCUCCAAAUCCUGCCAAAUGGACCAGGACCUGUGGUACACCCAGUUCCCCCCGUACAGCUGCUGCCACCUCGGCCACGGGUACUACCUGCCGGACGACCCCCCCUGUGGGGCGGAGAAGGCCAAGGGCUGCAAGGUGCGGAAGUGGAAGAUGCUGAACCGUCACCACGGCGACGGCAAGCAGAAGGCCGCCUGCCGGGAGCAGGAGCUGGACGGGGGCGGUCCCUGGUCGCUGCGGGCCACGCCCCUUCUGGCCACGCCCAUCAUGCUGGAGUGCUGCAUCUGCAGCGGGCCCUUCGUCAGCUACGCCAUGGAGGAGGUGUGGCAGCCCAGAGAGAGAACUCAGGCGAUGGAUCUGUACUAUCCAAGUGUUCCAGAGACGAGUUACUGCUGUGCUAGCGACUCAGCUUUUAUGAAACAGAGGAGAAUGGGACUGAAUGAUUUCAUCCAGAAACUGGCUACAAACUCAUACGCCUGCAAGCACCCUGAAGUCCAGUCUAUUCUCAACAUGAACCCACCACAAGAAGCAGAGCUGAUGAACGAAAACCCUUCCCCUCCGCCCAGUCCCUCUCAGCAGAUCAACCUGGGGCCCUCCUCGAACCCCACCGCCAAGCCCUCCGACUUCAACUUCCUCAAGGUCAUCGGGAAGGGCAGCUUCGGGAAGGUGCUCCUGGCCAGGCACCGCAGCGACGACAAGUUCUACGCCGUCAAGGUGCUGCAGAAGAAGGCCAUCUUGAAGAAGAAAGAGGAGAAGCACAUCAUGUCAGAGAGGAAUGUGCUCCUGAAGAAUGUGAAACACCCUUUCCUGGUGGGCCUGCACUACUCCUUCCAGACCACAGACAAGCUCUACUUUGUCCUGGACUACAUUAACGGAGGAGAGCUGUUCUACCACCUGCAGCGGGAGCGGUGCUUCCUGGAGCCCAGGGCUCGCUUCUACGCGGCGGAGAUCGCCAGCGCUCUGGGCUACCUGCACUCGCUGAACAUCGUGUACCGCGACCUGAAGCCCGAGAACAUCCUGCUGGACUCGCAGGGCCACAUCGUGCUGACCGACUUCGGCCUGUGCAAGGAGAACAUCGAGCCCAACGGCACCACGUCCACCUUCUGCGGGACGCCGGAGUACUUGGCUCCCGAGGUUCUGCACAAGCAGCCCUACGACAGGACGGUGGACUGGUGGUGCCUGGGGGCGGUGAUCUACGAGACGCUCUACGGACUGCCUCCGUUCUACAGUCGCAACACCGCCGAGAUGUACGACAACAUCCUGAACAAGCCGCUGCAGCUGAAGCCCAACAUCUCCAACGCCGCGCGGAACCUUCUCGAGGGCCUGCUGCAGAAGGACCGCACCAAGAGGCUGGGCUGCACCGACGACUUCACUGAGAUCAAGAACCACAUGUUCUUCUCGCCCAUCAACUGGGACGACCUGAACGCCAAGAGGAUCACGCCUCCCUUCAACCCCAACGUGACGGGCCCCAGUGACCUGCGGCACUUCGACCCCGAGUUCACGGACGAGCCGGUGCCCAGCUCCAUCGGGUGCUCGCCGGACAGCACCCUGAUCACCGCCAGCAUCAAGGAGGCCGCCGAAGCCUUCCUGGGCUUCUCCUACGCCCCGUCCAUGGACUCCUACUUAUAGCUAAAAAAAAACAACAAAAAAAAACUUAAAAAUAAAAAAAACUAUAUAGAAAAUAAACACUGUAGUCAAGGGACUUGCCUGUAGCUCUCCUUUUAAAAUCUCACCGGAAUGGGAAAUAUUUGCACAUUUGGUGUCAGGCAGCUUUUUUUUUUUUUUUUCUUUUUCCUUCUUUUUUCGGCUUUUACACCUCGAGGAAAAAAAAAAGAAAGAAACAGUCCCGAUUCCUAGCGGCGAACGCGGGGGUUUCGGCUUCUUCUCCGCGAAGACCCCCGCGGGAACCCGUCGCCCGGAACCCGAGGAAUUACAGCGAUGCCGAACUCUUCCGCUACAGACGCCGACGCACUUUUCAUUGCUGCGUCGUUUUUUUUUCUGGAGGGGGGGGGGGGGGGUUUGUUUUUGCGACAGAAGAUCCCCCAUUCCCGCUCAUUGAACUGAAUGUUACGACCAUAUUUUGUAAGGUGCCUUUUUUUUCUCUUCUGUCUAACCCCAGCAUGACCGCGUCUGAACGUGCUCCUUGCCCGGACGGACGGGCAGAUUCAGAAAACUGUCAGAACUUGAAUGUCUACUGUAUGCAUUUCUGGUUUUCCCCCCCCCCAAGCCCCCCCAUCUCCGAAAAGGGGUUGCGACACUACCAGCAUCGCACCUUCGUGCUGUUCCGUGUGUCCGUUUCUUCCUCACUUUGGAAAAUGUUCUGAAUUUGCUGUAUGAUUUCCGAUUCCAGUUUGAUUAAUUCUGUCGUUUGCCCACAAAAUGCUAGAGGAAGCAUUGCUGCUACAUUUCAUCUAAAUAUGGAUGGACCUGGACCAAAAAAAAAAGCAAACAAACUUAAAACAAAACAAAAACGGUCCCAUUUGCAGAGUCAUGAUCACAUAGUCUUCCAUUGCCUAUUUAUAUAUUAAUGUUGUACAGUGGGGCAUUACUGUGCGUCUGAACUUGACAUUCCAUUUAAUAUUGCAGUGCACCUGUAUUUAAGUUCCUCUGUACAUUUUGGGUAUGUGUACUAGUUUUAAUGUAUAUUAAAAAAAAGAUUAUUAAGGUAUGCUUAUAUGUAACUAUUCAUAUUAAAUGUUCUGUAAAUUGUAAAAUGUUUCAAUUUACGUGACCAUGUUGGGUUUGCAAUAAAGGUUUAAUGUUAUUUUCCUCAA